AUGGCUGAAGUCGAUCUCUUCUUCACCAAAGGCGUAUUCAAGAUUCAGGCUGGUGGUGUCAGGAUCAAGAACAUCGACACGAACACCUACUUCGACUUGUACCACGGCUUGAGUUCCGAGAACAACCCCGUCAUCGGAUUUGAGUAUAACGGGACCGAUGCCCAGCUGUGGACUGUCCAGAUAGUCGAUGAGAGCAAGGGACAUGUCAAGCUCCUGAAUGCCGCUGGCGGGACCUAUGCCCGUGCUCCCGACCACAUCAUUGGUGGGCGAGUUGUCGGGAGCAAUGUCUCCGAGACCUUUAAGGUGUCCGAGAGCGGGGGUAAGGUCCAGAUCACCGUCAUCAAUGAAGACUAUGCUUUCUCCUUGGCCAAUGCUGCAAACCAUGAGCAGGUAAAACUCACCAAUCCCGACGGCUCGAAGAACAACCAGCUUUGGAGCUUCCAGAAGGUGUAA